AAUAGUAAGCGAUUCUCAUUUCGGUAGCUUGAGACCUCCACUACAGCAUACCCUACAGCAUAUGUGCGAACCACGCGCGCCCUUCUUAAUAACAGUGCCACGCGUGCGGAUCGACAGCAGCCUGUCUCGAACGGUACCAUCUCCCUGAUCUGUAACUACGUACACAAGCGGGCACAGGCGGGGUACGGGGGGGAAGGAAGCCUCCCACAGAGCUUGUUGUACGAUGUGCGCCCACCGCUUGUUCGUGACCCACUCGUCCAUCGUGACGAGCGCUCAUCACACGGUGGCCCCAAAAAGCACAAACAUUCCGCCGCCGGGGGUCGAAAAAAACGACAACCCCCCCCCCCGCUCUUCCGUAUGCGACCUCCAGAAGAGGGAACCAACCCUCACGCCCCUAGACCUACUAGGAUAAACACUCAUUAGACACAUUUUACCUGACAUGACCUAGAACAACAACAACAGCGACAGCACCAGACAAGCAAGAUAGGCGUGUACACCACCCCCCUCUCUUCUCCAGCUACUACUAUAAUAAUAGUACUCGCAUUGCGUGCGUGAAAUUCUUUCCCCCCUCCUUCGCCUCCUUCCCCUCCGCCCUCCCUACCCGUCAACCCCCUCUUUUCUUCUCCUCGUGCCACGCGUGUAAACGGCCCGAAGCGGCAAGCGCCAUCCCCUCACCCCCCGACUUGUAAACUUGGGAAGCGUCGCGAGGCGACACAGGCCACCACCAAGAAAAGGGUUCUUUCAAUGGCGCCUUGUUUGCUUGGGAUUACCCGGCACUUGCCAAAUAUUGUCCUUGCGUACGGUGCUAGAUCACGUUUCACUGAAAUUUCACCAGUGCCCCCUCCCUCCCUUCUUCUUAUCCAGUAACGUCGGAGGAAAAGCGCCGGCAAAUCAACCCCGCUCUUUCCUACUCUU